AUGGGAAAUUCGUACAAUAAAAGUAAUCAAUACAGGGACCAAAGGCCAUCAGUCUUUUCAAACCAAGACGCUCAAGCGUUAACAAGUCAGUCCAGUCUGCCCCAUUUCGUCGGCAAUCUUAGCGGGCGUUCUUUCGUUAGCUUAACAAGCAGCCAGUCGGUGUACAGCGCAUCGCGACCUUGGUCUCGGGUUGCUAGAAGAAGGAGGAAUGAAACAACAUUUCACAACAAUUUAGAAGCAAGUAAAACAUCUUGGCCUAUAGCAAAUAGAGAAUCCAUUUUUCUGCCUGAAUUUCCUAUCACUGCAAACUUAUUACAAAGGGAUUUCCAAAUUCUAAACAAUAUUGCCAAAGGUGCUUUUGGAGAAGUUAUCAAAAUUAAGAAAAACAGUGAUGGAAAGAUAUAUGCAUUAAAAAUCCUCAACAAAUCACAGGUAGUAAGUGAGAAAGCAGUUGAACAAGUUAAAGAAGAAGCGCGUAUACAAUCUGCCUGCGGCCACCAUAUCUUUAUUGCCGGUGCUGUCUUACGCUGGCAGACAAAGGAAACACUUUAUAUUGUUUCAGAAUACAUUCCAGGAGGUGAAUUGCUAGAUUUACUAAAUAAAUAUAAGAAGUUGCCGCAGGAACUUGUCAAAGUUUUUGUUGCUGAAAUUGCUAUUGUAAUAGAUUUCUUGCAUAAUGCAGGUGUCAUUUACCGAGAUUUAAAGCCUGAGAACAUACUCUUAGACACUGACUACCACAUUAGACUGGUUGACUUUGGACUGUCAAAGUGGCUCUCUAUUGGUACCCGAACAACCACACUCUGUGGCACUCUAAAGUAUAUGGUGUGGGAUUUGACUUGUUACAUUUUU